UCCAAUCCAGACGUCUUUUUCCACCAAGUAUUUCUGUCAUUUAAUAUUUUACAUAUUUCAUGUACAAUUGCAGUUAUGUGGUAAUUUUAAAUUUAUUUUUUCGAUAAAACAUGACCUUAUCGUGUUACAAUACAGUGUGUGAGUCUAAAUAUCAAAUUGCUGCGUAAACAGAUAUACACAAAACAAUGGAUUCAAAAAAUCAUUUAAGCCGGUUAAAUAAGUGAAAAUGCAUAUAAACGUUUAGUAUGGAUACAUUGCACGUUGGACAUGGACACAGUAAGGGAUCCAGUAGGAGCCAGUCUCCGUCCACAGUGGAUCUGGCCAGAGAUCCCGCCUUGACUGACGAUGCUUUGAUACGAUCGAGGGUCCAGUCGCCGUCCACGGUCCAUCAUGUCAGUGAUUCAUCGUCCCGUCACGGAGAGCCUCGUUCACAUCACGUAAAGUCGCAUUCUAGGGAUCUCGGUACCAGCCCCCUGUCCGCAAACACAACCGGAAACACGUCACGAGAAUUAGAAGAUUCGCCGCAAAAGAAGAAUAUAUCGAAUAUAAUCCCCGGAGACUAUGUCACCGCCGUGUACAGCCCUAAUGUGUCAUAUGCCCUUUCCUCUGAUGAAUAUGGCUCACCGGCUUACAGGGGUCAAGAUGGGGAUUAUUUAACACAAGGAUCGGAAGAAAAUGAAGGCAAUGUGGCGUCUUCGAAGGCAUUGGCUGCCAUUGCGCAUCUCAACAGUAAGAUCGAGAGAACGAAGGAUCUUAUACGGCUAGAACAGACUAUAAGAGAUGAUAAUGUAAACGAGUACCUGAAGUUAGCAGCGAAUGCAGAUAAGCAACAGUUGCAGCGAAUCAAGGCUGUGUUUGAGAAGAAAAACCAGAAAAGCGCCCUCUGUAUUGUGCAAUUGCAAAAGAAACUCGAGGGAUAUAACAAACGUAUUAAAAACUGGGAGCAACAUGGUACAAGUGGACAAUCACAUAGACAACCACGGGAAGUUUUACGGGAUAUGGGACAAGGGCUUAAAAAUGUGGGCGGUAAUAUACGAGACGGAAUCACUGGCUUGGGCGGAAGCGUAAUGGCGGCGCCGCGGGAAUUCGCUCACCUCUUCUCACGCUCCAACCGCUUCGGAUCCGCUGAUAACAUCGCGCAUCUGGCCGAAAACACGGGUCCCUCGCCCCAGCACACGGAAUUACGAGCGAACGCGUCUUCGGAAGGCUCACGCACAUCGGAAGCGGGCGAGAACGCACCCCGAGGGUCUACCCUGCCCCGCGCUGCCACCUCCCCGGCGCCCAAGUACUCACCUGAUGCCUCACCUAGUUCAUCAGUUACUAGUGAGGGAGCACCAUAUCCAACGCAAGCGGGUUCAAACAACAUGUCGGAAGCAACAUUUAGCCUUAAGCCAAUACUCAAUGAACUGCGCGAGCGCAGGGAAGACUACCAGAGAUUAGCUGAGAAAAUAGAUGCAUUAAAGAACUUAACGCAAGAAGUAUCAUUUCUUUCGGCCGCGCUGCAAGAAGAACGGUUUAAGACAGAGAGGCUUGAAGAACAAAUCAACGACUUAACUGAAUUGCACCAAAAUGAGGUUGAAAAUUUAAAACAAGCACUGACGGAUGUAGAGGAAAAAGUGCAGUAUCAGAGUGAAGAGCGAAUACGGGAUAUACACGAAGCAUUAGACCUCUGUCAAACUAAGAUCAGCAAGCUGGAGCAAUGGAUGGCGGGUGGGGGCGCGGGGGGCGUAGGAAGCGGGGGUGGUGAGGCGGGAGGAGCGGCGUUGCCUCCUCGGGUGGUCGUGGUAAAGCUGCUCAACGUGGCGCUCACACUGUUGCAGUUGGCUCUGUUGCUGGUAGCCACGGUCGCGGGCGUAGCUAUGCCCUUCUUGAGGACCAGGGUCCGAGUCCUAACGACAAGUCUCGUAGUGAUGGUAGGCGUUAUGGUCCUAAAGCAAUGGCCGGAAGUGACGCAACUUUCAGAACACCUCGUGCGGCGUCUCAAAGAGUAUCUACUUGACAAACAUCACGACAGGUAUGAAUGUCGGUCGUUGUGUGGUUGAUUUUUCGGCGUUAUUGCAAUUCUGUCUGGACUGUUCAGCGUGGAUUUAAGAUUUGCUGUAUUUGUGAUUGAAUUGCAAAUAAACCGUUGUUUAUAUUGAUGGAAAUACUUUAAUCCAACAUUAGGGACUAUGUGAUAUUUUGUGGAUGGAGUUCUGAGGGAGUUUUGUACGUGGAGUGGACAAAUUUGAUGGUGAUUGUAAACGCUAAUUGAGACGCAAUUUCAUUAUUUGUUUAAGAUCUUGGAAUGUUCUCUAAUCGUUCUGUUCUCGAGCACAGGUCUUUUGUAUUGUUAUUGGCGAUAACGGCUCAAGUAGUUAUCACAUUCAUUAAAUUUGUUCAAGUUAUUUCCUUAGAAUUUUCUUUGAUGGGUUAUUAUCUGAAAUGUUUGCUACUUGUGAUUUCUUACAAAAGCUUUACUUAUCGAACGAAAAUUAUUUAUUGGAAUUAAGUUGCGUAAAUUAGUACAAUUAAAGUCGGCUCGUGCUGAAAUUCUGUAUAUAUUUCCCAAUGUUCCCCAAGUUAUUUCAGUGCGAAGUCGAUUAUAAAUUUAUAUUAAUGUUGAUAUGGUAUACCCAUUGGAUUUAUAUUUGAAUAUUUAAUCAGAGAUUUCAAGUAUAGAUGAGGUGAUUAAGCAAAUGAAUGAGAGCGGGAUGCGACAUUUGUUCAUCGCACUCACGCACUGCAUAGUUUUUUUUUAUAGGACAGCCUUGCGUUUGCUACGCACAGAACUUUGUUCAAAUGUUCAGUGUAUCAACAAAUAGAAAAUAUGAAAAGUACAUCUAUAAUUAAAAUCUCUGUAUUAAGCCAGUAUCUUGAAUUAUAAUUUUGGCGGAUAUGUCGAUACUUUAUUUGAAAAGUUGAAGUUGUAUUAAGCAAUAAUUAGUUUAAAUUAAUUCACGAACUAGGUCAAAAUUGUAUAUUUAUCGUAAUAUAAUUAAUAAACAUUCCAAAUUACCGAUUGACGUAGAAUAUAAACGUUUAAAAGGGGGAAUAAUUUUGUAAAUUAUGUAUAUAUUUUCACGGAUGGUUAUUUUUGUAUCGUUAAUGCGUUUAUUUCUACAUUUGUUUGGUAACUUGGUGCAUACGACACUGAUUCCAAUAUUUUACGGAUACGGAUGUGAGAUCUGGUAACAUAUGGGAACCGGGUUGUAAUUUAUUGUUGCUAGAUUGGGUAUGGAAUGUAAUUUUAAUAAUUUGAGCUCUCAAUUAUUAAUGUAUGUACAAUUGACCAGUUUUUGUUUAUGCCUAUGGAUGGAAUUAAAUCAUCACAAUUUUA